AGUUAUGGCAACAACAACAACAGUUAUGGCAGCAACAACAACAGUUAUGGCAGCAACAACAACAGUUAUGGCAGCAGCAACAACAGUUAUGGCAGCAACAACAACAGUUAUGGCAGCAACAACAACAGCAGCAGCAACAGUUAUAGCAAAAACAACAACAGUUAUGGCAGCAGCAACAACAGUUAUGGCAACAACAACAACAUUUAUGGCAACAACAACAACAGUUAUGGCAGCAACAACAGUUAUAGCAGCAUCAACAACAGUUAUGGCAGCAACAACAGUUAUGGCAGCAACAACAGUUAUGGCAGCAACAACAGUUAUGGCAGCAACAACAGUUAUGGCAGCAUCAACAACAGUUAUGGCAGCAACAACAGUUAUGGCAGCAACAACAACAGUUAUGGCCGCAACAACAAAAGGUAUGGCAGCAACAACAGUUAUGGCAACAACAUCAACAACAGUUAUGGCAGCAACGACAGUUAUGGCAGCAACAACAGUUAUGGCAGCAACAACAGUUAUGGCAGCAACAACAGUUAUGGCAGCAUCAACAACAGUUAUGGCAGCAACAACAGUUAUGGCAGCAACAACAGUUAUAGCAGCAUCAACAACAGUUAUGGCAGCAACAACAGUUAUGGCAGCAACAACAGUUAUGGCAGCAACAACAACAGUUACAGCAGCAGCAACAGUUAUAGCAACAAUAACAGUUAUGGCAGCCAGAACAACAGUUAUGGCAGCAGCAACAACAGUUAUGGCAACAACAACAACAUUUAUGGCAACAACAACAACAUUUAUGGCAGCAACAGCAGUUAUGACAGCACCAACAACAGUUAUGGCAGCAACAACAGUUAUGGCAGCAACAACAACAGUUAUGGCAGCAACAACAGUUAUGGCAGCAACAACAGUUAUGGUAGCAACAACAACAGUUAUGGCAGCAACAACAGUUAUGGCAGCAACAACAACAGUUAUGGCCGCAACAACAACAGUUAUGGCAGCAACAACAGUUAUGGCAACAACAACAACAACAGUUAUGGCAGCAACAACAGUUAUGGCAGAAACAACAGUUAA